CUGUUCCCAUGCUGCUGCUGAUGUGUUGUUCUGAACUUAGCGAGUCUUUUCCAGGUGAUUCAUAGAGAUUAUUUAGGUGCUGUAGGAGCCUGAACAGAUAUAAAAACUAUGCCUUACUACCAGACAUGGGAGGAGUUCGCCCGGGCAGCAGAAAAGCUCUACCUGGCGGAUCCAAUGAAGGUCAGAGUGGUGCUGAAGUACAGACAUUGUGACGGUAACCUCUGCAUUAAAGUCACAGAUAACGCCGUGUGUCUACAGUACAAGACGGACCAGGCUCAGGAUGUGAAGAAGAUUGAGAAGCUCCAUGGGAAACUGAUGAGACUCAUGGUGUCCAAGGAAACCCACAGCGGCGCCAUGGAGACGGACUAACGCGCCCUGGAAGCGCUUUGCUUUGGAGGACUGAGCUCAGAGGACUCGGCGGAUGUUUAGAGCACAAAACCAUCAGUGAGGGGAUCUGAUUGGCUGCCCUGAUGGAGCGCUGUCAGAGCAGCUGGAUCGAUUAUUUACUGUAUAUAUCAUAUUAUUUGGAGUAUUUUGGUUUUAUCCCAUCUCAGUCCACUAAAUACACUAGAUUCUAGAUGUUGGUUCAGUCCAGUGUGGACUGAGAUGGUAAAGGAGCUGUAAAGAUGGAGAACAUCUAUAUAGUUUAGAGGAGGCUGGAUUUAUUUUCUGUUUUCAGGUGGGGAAGGAACAGAGGGGGAGAUGUUUUAUCUUACUCUGUCAUUGCAUUUCAUUUAGCUUUUCCUUAACGGACCUGUGCCAACUAAAGGAAGCGGGACCGUCUGAUUGAGGAGCAAUCCAGAUUUUACAGCAACCUCCUCAUCUCCAAAAGCCAGAAGGAUUUCAAUAAAUGAUUAUUUUCUCUGGUAAAA